GCAAGAAGGAGGACUGGAGUAUGCGGUUUGGGACAGAGCCCACAUCAGACCACAACUAAUUAUGGUUGGGUGUGUCACGUGAUCAGUGUGGCCGGCUGGAUCACGUGACCGAGUUCGGUCGCCACCGCUGUUUCACUCCUCUGAGGAGAUUUGUGUUGUUUUUCCCCCCUCAGCAGACACCUGGAGUGGGGUUCAGGUCCCGCAAAACCAGAAACGGAAACUUAAUCGGUUCUCUGUCACCGAAAAGACGGGAAUUAGUCACUUUUAAGGCGAGUUUGUGAAGAACACACCACCGAGCAGCGACAGAAAAACCCCAACUCCCGGCUUUCACUCGUCUCUCGAGUAGUUUUUCUUUUAUAUGUGUGUAUAUCUUUGUACCGAGCAAAACACACGUUUUCAGACGUUUCCGCCAUUUUCAAAAGUGGACUUGUGUCAUGGGUAGUGUUUCCACGUCGUCGGUUGUGUCCGUGGGGGAAAGUUAACGCGUUGUUAAACGGCGGUUUUAACGUCAGAACUCCGGGUUAGUUUCGAAGGAACCGCGCGUGAGGGAGUUCUGGAUUUUACCGGAUCUUAACGGAAUCUUGGAGAACUUUGGGCUACACGGACUUGUAGAGGACCACACACACACACACACGGAGUCGACUUCAUACCGUUUCUUUCUACUGAGGCUAAUAUAAUUCAACAACAACAACAUUUUCAGGUGUUUUUUUCUUUCCCCUCACAGCAAAAUGAGCCGUUAUUUUGUUCGGCUUUACACGGACAAGCUAAGCUAACCUUCCCCCGCUUUAGUUGUUUAUUUUUCCCCCUUCUUUUUUCUUUCUCUCAGCUAAUUAUUUGUCUUCCUCGGCUGUGCCUCAGGGGUGACGAGGCCCCUCGGGGAGCUGCUUGCGGUGUCAAAUCUCUGCUCGUGCUAACGCAUAGCCGCGCGCGCGGGCACGGAGACGCGCGUGGUACGCGGCGCGUGAGCACUCUCCUGAAGAAGACGCGCUGUGAAGAGAGAGAGAGAGGCGCGCGCGGCGGUAUCAGGAGCUGGAUACCUGUUAACUUUUCUGUCUGCGUGCGUGCGCGCGUGUGUGUUUGUGUAUGUAUGUGUGUGUGUGUGUGUGGUUGAGUGUGUGGCUCGUAGCCGCGGGAAGAGCUUCGUGGUCAGUGUUCGGCAUUCCGUAAUGGACGCGAAAGCCUUCGGUCAAGUUUUUCACCGUCCUGUUCUUACGGUAUCUUGCACAGGCUCGGAUACCGGACUGUAACCGAGUCGCAACCGGAAUAUCUCGGAGGCGAACAGCGUUCAUUUAUCGCCAAGCGGAUUUAUACAGGACAAGUACGAUGUCAUUUGCACGGGUCUGCUUGGGAGCUCUGCUGCUGUGGACGAUUGUUUCUGAUGUUGCAGGUAAAGUUUCCCCCACCAACUAUGAUGCCCUACUCAAUGUCCCUGCUGCUACUGCCACCUCCAGCCCCCCAGACCUCUAUCUUCCUGCCAGCUUCAAGCUCUCCAACACCCAACUGGCCUUCUUUCUUGAAGAGAGCCGAACUCCAGUCCGAAAUGUCCCUUACGGCCACCCCUUGCAUCGUUCUGAGAGCUUUGUGGUCUUUCAGACCAGGGAGUUACCCUCAGUCAACAUCUCUCUGGGUCCUUUCACCCAGGACCAGACUCUUUCCAAAGAUCUUUUACAGCCUUCAAGUCCCCUGGACAUCCCGGGUAGGCUGACAGUCAACUGGAAGGUGCGAGCCUUUAUCGUACAGUCUAAGGUCUUCGCAAGCAACCCAGUGGUCCAGGUGCUGUUUUACAUUGCAGGCCGCGACUGGGAUGACUUCAAGGUCCAGGACAAGCUGCCUUGUGUGAGGUUACAUGCCUUCCGGGAUGUUCGGGAGAUCAAGACUUCUUGCAGACUCCAGGGUAACUUGGCACAGUGCUUGGCCCAGCUGGACCUUCCUUCUACAUGGUUCAAUGUCAACGUGGCACCUUUGGGACGCAGGAAGCCCUCAGUCGCAGACGUUCUGGAGAUGACCGGGGAAACCCUCCAGGCGGAGCUCUACUACACCCUCCAUGAUCCAGACAGCAAAGGGGAGUGUGGCGAAAGUUACCCCAGGCGAGGAGGAGGGUCCAGGGCGGAGAGCACAUCCCAGCAACCACUACUUCGGAUUGGGAGCAUCAGCCUGUACCAGCCCAGUCAGGAGCAACUAGUAGUGGACAAGCAACUGGACAAGAACCUCUUCUUGAGGCUUCCUGACAAACCGUUAAAGCCUGGCGAGACUCUCAACAUCUACCUGUACUUGGUGCCAAACUCAACAGUGGAACAGUUCACGCUCAAGGUGAAAGCGAAGAAGGGGGUGAAUCUCCUCAGCACAAAGUCGAAGAGCAGCCAGUGGAAGGUGGACUCGGAGGUGCAGUCCGGAGCCAAGCACUCCAUCGCUACGGUGGAAGUCAGCAAGAUGAAAGGUGUUUCUGGCGAUGUGGCUGCCAGCCUUGAAAUCAUGCAGCUGGAUUUUGAAAUGGAGAACUUCACGAGCCAGUCGGUAACCAGGAGAAUCAACUGGAACAUUGAUUACCGUGGCCAGAAUCCGCCUCCAGAUUCGGACAAGGUGGUGACCGAGUUGACGGUGGUGCAGAAGGAUAUUCAGGCCAUCAUACCGUUAUCUAUGGACACAGAGAUCAUCAACACAGCCGUUCUGACCGGCCGGACCGUCGCCAUCCCGGUCAAAGUUGUCUCCAUAGAACUGAGUGGGAUGGUCACAGACAUCUCCUCGUUCGUUGAGUGCAAGUCGUCCAACGAGGACAUCAUCAAGGUGUCCAUGAACUGUGACUAUGUGUACGUGAAUGGUAAGGAGACUCGAGGCUCUAUGAAUGCACGUGUGAUCUUCAGUUACGAGCACCUGAACGCCCCUCUGGAGCUCACCGUGUGGGUGCCCAAGCUGCCUCUAAACCUCCAGCUCUCUGAUAACAGCCUUAGCUUUAUCAAAGGAUGGAGGGUCCCAAUCCUGCCUGACCGCAGGUCGACACGUGACAGUGAUGACGACGACGAUGAUGAGAGGAAGGUGAGCCGUGGCUGCACGCUGCAGUACCAGCGAGCCCAGGUGAAGGUUCUCACCCAGUUCCACACUACCUCCAGCGAGGGCACCAACCAAGUGAUUACUAUGCUGGGGCCUGACUGGCAGGUGGAUGUCACCGACCUGGUGCAGGACUCGCUUAAAAUUGUGGAUCCCCGUGUGGCGGAGUUAGUGGAUCACACCGUGUUGGUGGCCCUGGAGCAGGGAACUACCAUACUGAAGGUUGAAUCUCCACUGGCAGUGGAGGCCAUGUUGGGCGAGGUACCGUUCUCUGUACUGGAUGAUAAAGUUUCCAUAAUGGAUCUGCGUGUCCACGCCAUUUCUGGACUCAGCCUGAGUCUCCAGCCCAGCCCAGGAAACAGUCACACCAUGGUGGCAAAGGCAACAGGGCUACAGACGCUCUCCGCUCUUAAACAGGAAGCCAGUCUCUCCAUUUGGGCUUACUUCAGCGACAACACAGCAGCCCCUCUAAGCAUAUAUGACCCCAAGGAUUACAACCUUAAUGCCUCCACACUGGACGACAAGGUGGCCUCCAUUUCUCAGGAGCCUCAGCAAAGGUGGCCGGUCAUCGUUGCAGAGGGGGAGGGAUCCGGGGAGCUCGUACGUGUGGAAAUGACCAUAUGUGAAGCCUGCCAGAAGACUAAACGAAAGAGCGUCAUCGCUUCUUCUCCAGUUCAUGUGAAAGUGCGGUUUGGGCCUGACGAGGACUCUGAAGAGGAAGAGGUAGAGGUGGAGUUGGAGCCUAAAGUGCCACUCAACACAAGGAGACCGAGCCUCGAUCCCAACACGGGUGGUACUGGAUACGAGCCAUCAAAUGAGCAGCCUGCAAGCGUGCCAAUUGACUAUACCAAUUUCCCUACUAUCAGUAACCAGGAUCGGCCAACUGUGGAGGAAGGGGGUGAGGAAGAGGAGUUUACCCACUCGCCUCGCAAUAUGACCGACUUGGAGAUUGGGAUGUAUGCCCUCUUGGGUGUUUUUUGCCUGGCCAUUCUGGUCUUCUUGAUCAACUGCAUUGUGUUUGUCCUCAAGUACCGCCACAAGCGAAUACCACCUGAAGGUCAAGCCAACAUGGACCACUCCCACCACUGGGUGUUCCUAGGAAACGGGCAGCCCUUACAAGCUCAGAGCGACCUUUCACCUCAGACAGCAGAAAGUCCAAGUAAUCCUUUGGAAGGGCCACAGACUUGCUGCCAUGGAGAUCACCACAGCAGUGGCAGCUCCCAGACAAGUGUUCAAAGCCAAGUGCACGGGCGAGGAGAUGGCAGCUCAGGCGGCUCCACCAAGGAGCAUGGCGAAGAUGCAAGUUCUCCCACAUCCAAGCGCAAACGAGUGAAAUUCACCACCUUCACCACACUUCCUGCUGACGAGCUGCCCUACAACUCAAUCCCCAUCGCAGACGACGAUGAUAUCCAGUGGGUGUGUCAGGACAUGGGGUUCCAGGACCCUGAAGAACUACACGACUACAUGCGCAGGAUAAAAGAAAUAGCCUAAUGGUGGCUUUGGGAUUUCUUAAACAAACCUUUCCUUUCUAAUCUUCUCUUUCCCCCCCCCCCCCUCACUCUUAAGAAUUUAUCUUUUCACACGAAUGGAGAAUGUGACUAAGGGCCUCCUGUCCUGUUUCUCCGGGGUGAUACUUUGCACAGUGCUCUUGCUCUUUUAAACGUUCACAUGUUUUUGGAACUGUUGCUUAAAAACUGUGGAUGGAAAGCCAAAUACGAGACUAGGUGAUCUUUUACAUCGCUAGCACAAAUGGCUUUAGAGUGUAUGUCAGUCUUUCUCAGGCGAAGAGGACAUACAAUUUUGAAGGGAACACGCAGACUUUUGAGUUCUGAGCAGUGGUGUCAAAAUGGAUUCCUCAAUUACUUCAUCAGUCUGGUUGGGAGACGGUAUGGGUCACCCUUCUGUGGACAGGAUAUUUCUCAGAAUAAUGCCACACUGUGUCCGUAGUUGUUUGGUCUUUUGUUUUGGGGUUUUUUUUGUUUGUUUGUUUGUUUUGUUUUGGGUGGGGGGGGGGG